CAAGUCAAAGGAUAAGUCCGUUGAUCUGAGAAUGGCUCAUGUGGCAUGCCCGUAGGAGGCUCAAUCUCAGCCUUUCUACCAUCUUGUAUACCAACUAUGCCGUUGUUGUCGCAGGAUUAUUCUGGGGUCAACGGGCCACGGCAGGCAGCGAACAGCAAGUGGAGGAUCCCAUCCGUAUCAAAGCGCAUGGUUGUUAGCCCGUUACAGAUAGUCUAAUCUAAACCAGUCAGUUCACGGGAAGAAAGUAGGACUAUUAAACUCCUCCCAAGUAAGUAAGUGCAAUUAGGCUGGUUGACUUUCAAAUGGUGGUAGUUCAGUUUGCGCCAUUGACGCGUUCCAACGUCCAAACUUGAGAUUCACCAAAUUUUGGCUGUUGCUCUGCCUUGUUCUCUCACCAUCCACGCACCACAAUCAAACCCCAAAGGUUGUCUCUUUUGAGCGAUUAAU